AUGAAGGGAUCUCCGAUUGGCGUCGGACAUGAUGGCGGAUCUGGGCGGAGUUUCGUUCGAGCUAUUGAACGGACGUGCUCGUCACGGAGGGCGGCGGCGGUGGACGACAGGCGGUUGGCGGCCGGAGGCGGGCAAUUUCCGAUAAAGUCUCCAGUGGUAAUCCCCAUUGACAGCCCAGAAGAAGUGGCCGCGCAGCUUCAAUUUCUUGGCAAAGUCAAUCUUCACCCCAACCGACUGUACAUCAUCGUACCCAACCCAAUCCAAACCGGACACCGAGUACGCAGACACAGUCUUGCUAUCAUAAACCUCAGUCGCAUUAGUCAGAUUCACGAUCUGCCCGUACGUCAUCGUUCCCUCAUCCCCCAUCCCCACCCCAACGGCCGGCGCCCCAAUCCCUGUCUCGUUUUCCGACUUGAGCUUCCACGUCCUCCCGUACAUCGGCAAACCCAUCACAAGCUUCUGCGCCUCCACUCCCGCCUUCAUCCACGACUCGACCCCGUAGCUCGUGCUCAGGUUCCUCCCGGACGGGUCGUAAAGCUGCGCGUGGGCGCCCGUGAUGUUCGGUUCCCACGACGACCCCGUCAUGUCCGCCGCGUAAUACACGGCGGCAGUGAUGAGGAGCCGCUGCCUGGAAGGCCGCUGCUUGGCCUCGCGCUCGACGGCACUGCGCCACUCCCGGAACAGGCGCCCGAGGUUGUUCAUGUCGGAUGGGGUUCGGGGGAACUCGUAGUCGAGGUCCAUCCCGCAGAAGCCGUAGUCCCGUGCCAAAGAUAUGGCCGAGUCGAUGAAGGCUUUGCGGGUGGAGUGGGCAGAGGCCAUGCGGGAGAACAGGGUGGGGUCCGCGCCCCCGCCGCCGAUGGAGAAGAGUGGGGCCGCAGGGGGGUUUUUGGCGUGGAGGUUGCGGAGGGAGGCGGCCUGCUGGGGCGUGAUGUUGUCGAAGGUGAAGGUGAGGUUGUUGGGGACGAGGAAGGCGUAGAAGAUGUGGGUGUAAUGGGUGGUGUUGAUUUCGUCCGGGCGCAUGUUGCGGGCCCAGGAAGGGUAGUAGCCGCCUUUGACUAG